AUGUCCAAACCAAUUCCACGAAAUGCUAUCUUGAAGACCUUCGAAGGAGUUGAACGAAAAAAACAAUUUGUUCAAAGAAUGGAAGAAUUCCAUUCCUCCAAUAGCAAAAAUUAUGAAAAGACGAAAGGAAGUGAUAAUGGUGUUUACUUUGAUUACGGACAUGAGAGACUGCUAUUCUCCAUGAUUGAUUCAGAGAUGAAGCUUAAACGAAGCAAAAGUGAUUCCAAUCUGUUGGGCACAAGAAAUACAGAACUAACCUUUUACAAGCACAACAAAAGAGAAAAUUCAACUCAAGAUGAUAGUGUUAUAAUAGAAUCAAUAUCCAAGCUCAAAACUUUAAAGCAUAAGGAACUUUUACUCAAAACUUUUCAAAGACUCUUGUCUCUCAAAAAACCUAGACUGAAAAGGAACAAAUCCGAUUCUGACCUUGUUAAUUUAUUUUGUGAAGAAAUUAUUGAUGAACCAGAUAAUGCAAUGUUCAAUUCUGAACGAUCCAAAGAUUUGGAAAAUUCAGAUGCUGAGCUUACCUCAUUAGCCAACACCUCUAUACUCACCUCCCAAGACCCAAUCUAUUCUUUCUCAUCUCGAAUGAAUAACUUUUCAAAUCACAAUCAAACUACCGUAACAUCAGUAUUAUUUCCACAACUUUCCAAAGAAAAUCAACACGAUGCAAUAUCAGAGGAAGAUGUGAAACAGGCUCUUGAGAAGUUUUAUGAAGAUAUCAAGAAAAAAGCCUCUGAAAUGCCAAAACCAACAGAGCUAAAAGAUGAGAGAGGUGUGCAGCCAACGCUCCACUCUCAACGUUACUCAAACCAUCUCAAUAUUCAAUCACAUGGAUUUUCAACCUGCUUUGAUGAUGAUCCUCUCAAGAAGCUUAUUUUACAACGAAAGAAAGAGAAAGGUGUUAGAAUGAAAGUGACAAGAUUUUUAGAGAGUGAUCAUAUCGUUGAGCGAGAGGAAAUUGAUUUUAUACAGGAGAACAUUAGGCAGUUAAGGCUUAAAGCAGAGAAGGUCAAGCAAAAAAAGAAGUAUCUCGAUCGAAAACCCAUUUUCGAGAAUGCAGAAACAGAUGACGUACCUCCACAUUACCCAAGCUUCACUCAAGUUAAAAUCAUUGAUUUUACCCCGGAACAGCAGCUAACGACUGUCAAGCCAUCCCCAAGAACAAAUAUCCUAACCUCUCACUCAGCAAGAAAGCAACUCUUAGCGCACGCACAGCCUUCUAGUUUAAUUGGUCUUCCCUCUCGAAGCUCAUUGAUUCAGCGUCAAGGAUCACACCACUCUUUUUCAAUGUCCAUAACGUCCAUUUCCACACCUCGUGGCCAAAAACCUCUCACUGCACCAAAUAUUAAACGAAAGACAUUUGGGUUUUGA